AUGUCCCGGAUUCGCUUCCUCUGGCUUGUCGCUGCUAGAGCGCCCCUGCUUGAUAUCUAUCGCUUCAACACGGUGUCCACCUAUACCACGUUUGACCAGGAUCGCGAUGUUCCUUCCAGUGCGGCUUCGAAACGUGAUGACGACGUGGGUGCAGAUGGGUAUGGGAAUGCAGCAGUCCCCAACUAUGUCCAAGUUGCGACAUCUCAGGUGCGAGAGGUUGUACCGAACGCAAGUUUUCGCGUCGUAGACGACUACUAUGUUGGCACCAACAAUGUGGGCCAUGUGCACUUCCAGCAGGUCAUUGAUGGAAUCGACGUGGACACUGCUGACUUCAAAAUCAACAUUCUGGAAAAUGGCACUGUGCUAUCCUUCGGCCAUUCCUUCCACAUGGAUUCCCUUACCCCGUUACAAAUUGUGAGGAGGGCUGAGAGCACCAUAACUCCCCUGGCCGCCUUCGAGAGCGCCGUGAAGCUUCUUGAUCUCAUCGCCGAGGUGGAGGGCCCCGGCGAGAGCUACACUAUCAAGCAAGUCGAGGGCUUUGUGGCGAGUCCAACAGCGAAGCUGGUUUACGUGACCAGAGACUCUGAGGUCGACCUUGCUUGGAGAAUAGAGACAGACAUCGGAUCGAACUGGCUCAUUUCCUACGUUGACGCUGCUUCUGGCAACGAGAUCGCAGGAGUCAUUGACUACACAAACACGGCGAGUUGCGAGGCUUUCCCAUGGGGUACAAUGAACCCAUAUGAAGGCUCUUGGCAGCUUAUUGCCAACCCGGAAGACGCGCCAUCAUCGCCAUUUGGCUGGCAUUCAGAUGGCACCCAGAAUUACACAACCCUGCGCGGAAACAAUGCAUUUGUUACUGUUGGAGGGGCAACUACCAACAAGGCAGUUGCAACUUCUCCCUCGCUUGUCUUCUCGUACCCGUACUCCCCUGCUACUGCCAACUGGCAAACAUAUGUCAACGCGUCAGCAACCCAGGCUUUCUACACCAUCAACAAGUUUCACGACAUCCUUUACGCCCUGGGCUUCGACGAGGACGCGGGAAACUUCCAGGUCUCCAACAACGGCAAUGGUGGACGAGCCGGUGACCCCGUAGAAAUCAUAGUCCACAGCAGCGGUGGAUCCGCCAUGAUCUCGACGCCGGCCGACGGCAGCAGUCCACGGUUGUCCAUGGGCGCCUGGACGAGUGGCGAAACGCCGCUUCGAGACUCCGCUUUCGAUUCGACGGUGCUACUACAUGAGUACAUGCACGCCGUGACGGUGCGCCUGGUCGGCGGGCCAGCCACCUCCGGCUGCCUCAGUGGAAAUGACGGGCUCUCCCUGAACGAGGACUACUCCGACUUUGUGCCGACGCUCCUGCGGGUCAAGGCUGGCGAUACACGAAGCACGGAUUACACCAUUGCAGACUGGGCCACGGGCGAGGCCAUCGGGCUUAGGUCUCACUACAUCUCGACCAGUCUGGAGACCACGUCUCUGACCUACGAAUCACUCAACGCCCUGGCCUCCAGCGGUGGUUUCGGCCUGGCCACCGUGUGGGCGACGGCCCUGUACGAGGUCUUCUGGAACCUUGUCGACACAUACGGCAUCGGCGAGAUGGACAAGGUGACGCUGGGUGCGGGCGGGAUUCCACAAAGAGCUCGUUACUUGCUGCUCAAAUUGAUCUUGGGCAGUGAUGCCCUGGUACCCUGCUCCCCGAAUCAUUUGCAGACGAGGGACGCGAUACUCCAGGCCGAUCGUGUUCUAACUGGUGGCACGAAUCAGUGCGCCAUUUGGAAGGGCUUCGCAAAGAGAGGUUUUGGACAAGACGCCGUCAGAGGGUCCGGAUAG